CUCUUUCACUGGAGCCACUUUUGAAAUGCAUAGCAAGUGGUAUGGAGUACUUAGUUAUUUCCAGAAGAAUCUACCAUAUUGGAAAUCAUCUAAAUACUAUCUUUGGACGAAAUUUACAAUUGCAAGUGGAGUUGUUGGCAUUGGGAUUGUAAGCUUAGCUGUACCUGUAUAUGCAUCAGACUUACAAGCUCAUCCUGCAAAACUACCUUGGAUACACAAUGGGAUAAUAUCUUCUUACGAUCAUGCUUCUAUGCGUCGAGGUUAUCAAGUAUACAAAGAAGUGUGUAGUGCUUGUCACAGCUUGAAGUAUAUGAGCUAUCGACAUUUAGUCAAUACAGUACUCACAGAAGAUGAGGCUAAAGCGGAUGCAGCUGAACAUAUGUAUCCUGAUGGACCGGACGAUAACGGAAAUAUGUUUGAACGACCAGGUCGGUUAACUGAUGUACUUCCAUCUCCUUAUCCGAAUAAAGAAGCAGCGCGUGCUGCUAAUAACGGCGCAGAACCACCGGACCUGACAUAUAUUGUCAAAGCUCGGGAGGGUAAUGAGAAUUAUAUAUUCCAUCUCCUUACAGGUUAUAUGGAUCCUCCACCAGGUCGUACAGUUUCAGAUGGACAAUAUUAUAAUCCUUAUUUCCCUGGUGGUGGUAUAGGUAUGGCAAGAGUAUUGUAUGAUGAUUUAAUUGAAUAUGCUGAUGGAACACCUGCUACAACUAGUCAAAUGGCAAAAGAUGUAGUAACAUUUCUUUGUUGGACUUCUGAUCGAACUCAUGAUGAACGUAAACGUGUUUUACUUAAGUUUAAAUUAUAAUAUAUUAGGCUGAUACAUAGUUAUAUCCACGUUAUGUGGGACGGCCAAACCAAAACGUGACAUCAGUGCUUGAAGUCACUAACUUCUGGUCUGAGCCAUGUUGGUAGAUGCAAAAUACUUGGUUGGAGUCCGCGUAACCAUCGUAACCAAUGGUUGGAAACUCUUGGUGACAUGGCUCUGAAUCGAUCACAAUCGUGUCGGUGUAUACACACCCCUUCUUCUUUCUACGUACUAAAUCCUUCUUUCUGUACUACAUCUUUAUAUGCGAUCUUUCUUUUAUAUAUCACCAUCAUUGACUUAACUACUCCUAUGAAUCCAGUGUUCAUAUUGCUGUGCUAAUGUGGCAUGGCAACUUGGACCGAUGCAUAUAUGUGCAUGGUAUUACGUUUUAGCUGACUGACUGACCACGUUAUGUAUUAUUUUUGAAUAAAUGAUUCCUUAAAAGGCCCAAAGAAAAUUAAUCAAGCUAAAGACAAUAGAUUGUUGUAAAUAUUUAUCACUUGUUCUAAUUACUCUUUUUUUCUUUAAAAAGGAACAACAUGAAAUAUAUUAUGUGCUACUUUUAAACUGUUGAAAUUGGGUUUUUUUUCUAAUUUUCAGGCAAUAGUAAUUACGAGCGUUGUGUUAGUAAUAAUGGGGAUAUACAAACGGAAACAUUGGUCAGAUAUAAAAACUAGGAAGAUUAUUUACAAAAAUCGACCAGUGCCGAAGGAUGUUUAGUAAACUUUCUUUCAGUUUUCUUCAAUAGAAUCAAUAUCAUGUUCUCUCUUUAUGUGUGCGUAUGUUUCCUCCACUUUCUACUGUUUGAUACUUCAUCUGUCUACCCUAAUAAAGGUGGGGAAAUUGAACUUUUAGAAUGAGCAUGUAUUGAUUAUUAGGAGUAUAUAUACACUUAUUUAUUCACUUACUAAUUAGUUCUAUAAGUUGUUCGUACAAUACUGGUCAGGCCAAUGCGUUUUGCUAGUUCGACAUUUGAUAAGAUUUUUUAAAAUGUAGCUUUUUGCAAAAAUUAUUUGUCUUCAUAUUAAAUGAAAAACUGGUGGGUAAUGUGAUGAAAGCUGGACAUAUAUGUUUCCACUGUUUUGUAUUGUAAAUCCACGAUAUUUGUUUAUUGUUCUGUAGGGUAUCUCUUGUAGAUGACUUUGUUUGAUAAACCUCACGGGUUUGUUUUUUCAAGUUCUCAGUUAGUUUUGAAGCUAUAUUGGUAGUGGAAAAAAGGAGUUAGUACACCUGCAUUACAGAUGAUUGUACUCAGUGAUUUUUGAAUGGGCGCUGGUAUCCAGAAGUUCGAUUUUGACUUUGUAUGGGAAGCUUAUGGCAAAACUUUUAUGCUUUAUGUUGAUUAGCGUUUAUUAUGGUGUUAGUUUUAUGAUGUCUAACUGUAUAAGUGUGAAUAUGCAAUGCAAGCAAGAUUCACCACAAAGAUUUUCAAGAAGGUUCUCACUGGAAGCAAAGCUCUUGGGGACGGGUGUCCGUAAAUUUGAUAGUUGUUUUAUUAGCUGUGACUGAAAAUUAUCUUCUAGUUGCAACUUACGACUACCCAUAUACCUUUACAACAACCAACAGUCUAGGUGCUUUGUUAGCUUUGAGUUGGUAUUAUGUGAAUUACCGGAUGUCAAUUUUAUUUUAGGCUAGCCGAAGAAUAUGUAGAGAUAGGACUGAAGUACUGGGAGUCUUUCUGCUGCUCUCUAGUGUGAUUCGGUGUCGUUUACAGAGUGUAGCGUGGUAGGUUAAGUGAUGUCUAGAAAUUUGUUUACCUGUGGGCUGGUACAUUGGUCUUAGGCCGGUAAAAACCGAGUUAGUCCUAGCUAAACGUCAAUGCCGCUAGUUCGUUUCUACGUUAGAUCAUUGAAUAUUAAGGAGAUAAGUAGUCCUUGUUUGAGUGAAAGAUAACUACCGCAGAUUAAUCGACGAAAUGACGAAGAGGCCUAUGAGUCAGCGGUCCCACUCCACUUAAAAUCUGUAACCAGCAAAUACUAUUGCCAUGGCAAGGUUCUGCUUUAUUUGCACGAGCAUCA